CAUGUAGGUGAACAACUUUGUUUGGAUUGUAAUUGAAAAGCUUGGAAAAAAUGGAGAACCCAUUGAAAUUGUAUUUCUAUCUCUGCAUCGCCCUAACCAUGGCAUCUCUCUGCACUGCAGAAGAUUUAUCCCAAAAGACCAUAAGGCUGGAGAACAAAUGCUCGUUCACCGUGUGGCCGGGGAUAGCUUCAUUUAACACACAUGAAUAUGACACACCUGACGGAUUUAAACCGGUGCUAAACUCCGGCGAGUCAUACUCCAUCACCUUCCCUAUGCAAUGGGAGGGACUCAUCUGGGGAAGGACUGGAUGUUCCUUUGAUUCAUCAGAGGCCGGAUCAUGUUAUUCCGGCGACUGUGGAGGAUUUCUACGGUGUGAGAAAGCUCCGCUGAACCAGAAGAUUUCAACGCCAAUUACACAGGUCUUGUUACAGAACGGCACUUCUGCUGUUGAUGUGGAGGAGGGUUAUAAUCUUCCAUUGUCAAUUAAGAGCUGUGGAUCGCUGGGAUGCAGUGCAACUGUUGCUGACGUUUGCCCCACAAAUAUACAGAUUAAGGUGAAUAAUGAGGUGGUCAGUUGUAACGGUGGGUGCAAUGUAUAUCAGGGGACAUGCAGUCCACCUGAGUUCAGUAACGCUCUCAAGGAAACCUGCCCAAAUGUUUUUCCUUUCAAAAAUAAACUAUGGUGCCCAACUACUACUAGUUACAUCCUUACCUUCUGUCCUUCUCAGUGACCUAAAUACCAUAUUUCUGGUUUCUGUGUUUCUAAUUCGAUGGAAUAAAAAAUAUUCAUUCAGUUGGAUCAUUGUUUUGAAAAUAGAAAUAAAGAUCAGAAAUGUUUAUUUUC